ACAUUGGAGAAGAUGAAAAUAACAAAAUAUAAGAAACAAAAAAGAAAACCAGAGGAAGUUGAAGAGAUACAAAGCUCUUUUAUCCCCUCAAUGUGACAAUAGCAAAACGAACCAAUUGGUAAAAGAAGUUUUUUUUUUUUUGCAGUUGGCUUAUACCCUCAUUUUAAAAUCUGCUCUUUCACCAAGAUUUAAGCCGGGAAGUCUAUCGGUCUUUGUUGGUCGCGUAAAGGAGAAAGGGAAGAGCAACAACCAUGAAACAACAAAAGAAUUAGAAGAAAAACCAAUACCAUCUUUAAUUUAACCUUGGUCUCUAACUUAUAAUCCUUCCAAGGUCAAGCCGAUCGAAUGAGUAAUCGAACAAAAAAUUCAUUUGCAUAACAGGAAUCUUCUCCCCCAUAGGCCAUAACCCAUUUGUUUGGCUGUAAUGGGGAGAGAAUCUGCAAACAACAAUGCUUAUGAGAUCAAUGUUCAUCCUUCAAGACCAGAAGACCCGACCACAUCAACCAUGGAUCAGCAACAACGUCGUCAUCGCCAUCAACAUGAUACCGGCGGCGACUUUAAGCCCUUCAAACAGUGGUUCCCGUGGUUGGUUCCACUAUUCGUGGUGGCUAAUGUUGUUCUUUUCAUCAUGGAGAUGUAUGUGAACAAUUGCCCAAAGAGGUCCACCAACUGCAUUGGUGCUGGAUUUCUAGGGAGAUUCGCUUUCCAACCAUUAAAAGAAAAUCCUCUUCUUGGGCCCUCCUCCGAAGCGUUGUUGAAAUUGGGUGCAAUGGAUGUGGAUAAAGUGGUGAAGGAGCAUCAAGGAUGGCGUCUAAUUUCUUGCAUUUGGUUGCAUGCUGGGUUGUUCCAUUUGCUUGCCAAUAUGAUCAGUCUCUUAUUCAUUGGCAUUCGUCUUGAGAAGGAAUUUGGGUUUAUUCGAAUAGGGUUGGUCUACCUCCUCUCUGGUUUUGGUGGAAGUUUGAUGUCAGCUCUUUUCCUUGAGUUCGGUAUUUCAGUUGGUGCUUCUGGUGCCCUUUUUGGACUACUUGGUGCCAUGCUCUCAGAGUUAAUCACAAAUUGGACAAUAUAUGCAAACAAGUUUGCAGCAUUUAUGAGCCUUGUCAUCAUCGUCUUACUAAACUUAGCAGUCGGGAUGCUCCCACAUGUGGACAAUUUUGCGCAUAUUGGAGGCUUCAUCUCUGGCUUUCUGCUAGGUUUUAUUUUCUUGAUUCGGCCGCAGUUUGGGUGGGUUAGUCAAAAGACUUGUCCUCCAGGUUACAUUGCACCUCCUGCUAAGUCUAAGUACAAGGCAUAUCAGUGUAUGCUCCUUGUUAUAUCCUUGACACUUUUGAUUACCGGAUUUACCAUUGGACUAUUGGAGCUUUUUAAAGGGGUUAAUGUGAAAGAGCAUUGUUCUUGGUGCCAGUAUAUGACAUGUAUACCUACCCCAUUAUGGAGUUGCAAAUCACCAACAGUAUAUUGUCAGUCAUCCCAAUUUGGACCUCAGUUGAAUCUAACUUGCUUGUCUACGGGAAAAAGUGGCGUAUACAUUCUUCCGGAGGACAACCCUACCCAAAUUCAAAUCUUAUGUUCUCAACUUUGCCAAUGAGAUAGAUGCUGGUUUAAACACGAAGGCAAUGUGUUUCUGUUAUCACAAGUUUCAUAAAUGCUUUAUGUACAUCAUCAAUAUCAUGUAAUCUGUGUAGAAGAGUUUAUUUUGUUGCCAAUUAUUUUGCUAUUCGAGAAUGGAAAUAAGUGAUGAAAAUCGUGCUUUGACACAUCAAUCGAGCUCAAAACUCUGAGCAUAUGACAUAUUAUAAGAGUUGGUUUUAUAAGUGGGUGCUUCCAUAUAGGGUU